AUGCGAUCCAUUCUCUUUCUGGCCGCUGGCCUAAUCUCAUGCGUCUCUGCAUCCCCAGUCGCUCAAGCCGACCCACCCCAAGACGAUGGUGAGGUUUCUGCCAACCGGGAACAACCUACCAUCCAAUUAGACUACGCAACUGUCAUCGGUUCAUCGCGGCACGGUAUCGACAGCUUCCGUGGAAUUCCUUUCGCUCAGCCACCUGUCGGUCCACUUCGCCUCCAGCGCCCGCAACCCAUUACACAGAACUUGGGUACUGUUGACGCCACCGCCAUCUUACCUGCCAGUUGCCCUCAACAAUACACCUCCACCAACCCAAAUGUAACUGUUCCUCAGGACGCUCUCCAAGAAAUACUCAACAGUGGAGCCGUUCAAAGGCUCGUAAAUAUUAAUGAGGAUUGUCUGACUGUCAGUGUCCAAAAGCCGCAUGACGCUACUCCCGACUCCAAGUAUCCGGUUGUGUUCUCGGUAUUCUACGGUGGUUUCGGUUUCGGAACAACUGCGAUAUAUGAUGCUACAAAGCUAAUUCAAGCUGGUAUCGAUAAUGGAAAACCAAUUGUCUACAUUGCUGUCAACUAUCGUCUUGGUGCUUUUGGAUGGCUCGCUGGAAAGGAGGUAUUGGAUGCUGGGCUUACAAAUUUGGGACACUACGAUCAGAUUCUUGCUCUGCAAUGGGUUCAAGACAACAUUGCUAAGUUCGGUGGAGACCCAGACAAGGUUACUCUCUUUGGAACAUCUGCUGGUGGUAUUUCUACAUGGAACCUAUUGACUGCUAAGGAUGGUAACCUACGAUACAACGACAAGCCUCUGUUCCGAGCUGCCAUUAUGGACAGUGGCAGUGUCAUCCCAACAGACCCAGCUGACUGCCCUAAAGCCCAGAACAUUUUUAACACUGUCGUUCGUGCUGGAGGCUGUGAAGGCGCUGCUGACAAGAUCGACUGCCUCAGAGCUCUGCCUUACGAUCAGUUCCUCCAGGCCAGUACAUCCGUACCUGGUCUAUUCGAUUACCCGUCUGUAGCUCUCUCGUACAUUCCACGAUAUGAUGGUGACCUCUUAACCGAUUCCGCAGAUAACCUCUGUGAGGCAGGAAAGUAUGCAAACGUUCCCUACAUCGUCGGUGAUCAAGAAGAUGAGGGUACCCUCUUCAGUCUUGUACAAAGCAACAUCACGACCACUCAGGACAUCAUCGACUACUUCAAAGCUUUUUACUUCUCUCACGCUAGUGAUCAAUUACUAUCCGACCUUGUAAACUUGUACCCAGAUGACCCCGCCGCUGGAUCGCCAUACAACACUGGAACUCGUAACAACAUAUACCCUCAAUACAAGAGACUUGCCUCUAUUAUCGGUGACAUGACCUUCACUAUGAUUCGCCGUCUUAUUUUGGGCUUCGGAAUGAAAGUAAAGCCUGAAGUACCUUUGUAUUCUUUCAUCGCAUCAUACGGAUACGGAACACCAAUCCUUGGAAGUUUCCAUGUCAGUGACGUUCUACCCGCCUACGGAAUAACUCCUGGAUUCCCAACCAGAAGCAUUCAGUACUAUUACAUCAACUUUGUUCACGACCUUGACCCCAACUCUGGCGGCAACCCUGAAUUCACCAGAUGGCCUGCAUGGAAUGAAAAUAAGGAAGUAAUCAACUUCCGAAGAUCCAGUAACGAGAUAUGGAAAGAUGACUUCCGAAGCCAAAACUCUGACUUUUUGGCCGCCAACCGACCUGCUCUGAGGUUCUAG